AUGCUGCAACAGUGCCGUCCUGGGAUCAAGUCACUGAGCCGAGUGGAGUGCGAGAUCCUAGAAGCUCUGUGGAGGAUGAACCACCCCGACGACUGCUCCAGCGCUAGGGUCCUCGUCCUGGACUUCGACGGUUUUCAAGGUGACGGGUUCGCCAGCAUCGUUCACCGCACCGCGUCCUCCAUCGCCGAAGCCUUCUACGAGAACCGGACGGUCGUGCUGGGCCCUACCGCCCUGGCGUACAAACCUGGUCCAUGGAACUGUGCUGGGCAUGACCUGUUCUGCUACUUCCUCCCCUUCACUGCGUGUGGCCUCGAGGACACAACGGCGCAGGAGAGGGCGCUCCUGUACCAGGAUGGCUUCGACGACGCCAGCCGACUGAAGCUUGCGGACGAGAUGCGGGGAAACGUAGCUGCCCUCGUCUGUCCAGUCGAGUUCAGAGACGAACUCAGGAGGGCCUUGGGCGAUGACUCUCCUGAUUCCCUCGUGCAUCAAACGUGGACUUCUCUUGUGUACAACUUCGUGUUCAGGCCGAGAAAGGAGGCAGGGAAGGCGGAAGCUGUGUGGAUGGGAUGGACGGGUAGCGUGAAAGACGAUCUGAAGAUGCAUGCAACAUGGAAGAAGCAGACUUACGAGCUCUCUGCUUACCUCGAUGCUGGUCUCGAGCAGGCAGCGCUCGCGGGAUCGCGCCACCUGUACAUCGCGACUGACUCUCCGAGGGUUGCGAGCGAGCUUCAAGACGUGCCCUCCGACAGCAGAGACGUGUUCAGCCUCGUUCGCCUCAUCGUUCCCAAGAGACAAAGACUUCCGGAACGGUGGAUACGAGACCAGGCCGACUCAGUCGCGAGCUUCGCACAAGCGCGAGGGGGGAAGGAAGCGCAAACUCUUGCGAUUGAGUCUUUGUCGGACAUCUUCUUCCUCUCCGAGUGCGACGGCCUGGUUGGAACUGGCUCCUCCCACUUCGUUGCUGUUGCCAACGCUCUGAGGCCGAUCAAGGGCAAGACCCUUCCGCCCUUCUAUCUGGACGCCAACAACCUCCAACGAGGCCUCAACAGCGUCGGCCUCUUCCACAUCGCCAACCUCCCGCAGCAGCAGGAGGAACUCAAGGCUCUUCGCUGGCAACUUGUACGCCAGCGAUUCGUCGCCAACAGCCUCGCACCUCUAGAGUCAGGCGCUGAGUUCUACUUCGACGUCCAGCUGGGAAUGCCUCGGGUCCCCGUCAGGCUGUUCGACAAGGAGGUGCUCAAGUGGAACGUGACCGCUCCUCUGCUGGACGUGUGCCCAACCCAGCACCUCCCCAGCAGGACCUGGGGUGCAGCUGAAGUUGUCAAUCUUGGCGCAAAGCUGCACGGCCUGAUGAAGUUCAGGGCUGCCUUGUCAUGCUUCUUGACAGCCGCGCAGCUGGGAAACAACCCCGAACACAAGGAGGUGGGGAAUCAAUCAAACUCAACCUGCAUGGAGUCGCCUAUGAUGAUGAUGAUGGUGAUGAUAGUGAUGAUGAUGAUGACGACGAUGGAGAUGGAGAUGGAGAUGGAGAUGGAGAUGGAGAUGGGGAUGGAGAUUGAGGUGGAGAUGGAGAUGACGAGGACGAUGAUGAUAAUGAUGAGAACGAGGGCGAGGACGAGGACGAGGACGAGGGCGAGGGGGGAGGACGAGGACGAGGAAGUGGGCGAGGACGAGGAAGAGGACGAAGAGUGA